GGAAGGGCCAUCACAUACACCUGUCCCAUCCACGGCUGUUCCGUAUGCAAAGAUAUCUCUUUAGCCUCACCUUUUCUCCCUAGCUGGACUCCUGAUGCCCGCGUACAAUGAUGACGACGACGACAUCCUGUACGGGACCCCGUUCGCGACCGCCGACGACGCGGAGUCGCCCUCGACCAUUUCAUACACCUCAGCACUCCGUCAUGGGUCAUCUACUUCGAGCUUGCAGACGAGGCCAGGAUAUCGGCGGCGAGGAUCGGAGAGUGUGCUCGACCCUCAUAGCAGAUCGCGGCAGAGUCAUCAACUACACCAGCAUAGCGCUAGCGCAGGUGCCAGCAAGUCGCGGCCCGGAACGUCGGGGCAUCAUCGGUCGCAUACGGCGGACGAGAGGAAGGAUCGUCGGGACAGCGCCGCCCAGCGACUGCACCCGCUUGCUGGGCUCAGCCCGACCAAGAUGGACUUCUUUGGGAGUACGCGGCCCGUGCUCAAUCGCAUGUUGAGCGAUCAGUCAUACGAGGAGCCCGAGUCGUCGAAGGAUGCCCUGGGUUCCCCACUUGGAGCCACGUACCAGAAGGAGGCUGAGCGCACGGUCAUCGUGCAUGAGGUUGCGCCUACGGAUUCCUUACCUGGAGUCGCUCUGAAGUACGGGAUUGCACUAUCUGAACUGCGUCGAGCGAAUCAGCUGUGGCCUUCGGAUCCAAUACAUCUACGCAAGACAUUGUACAUCCCGGUGGACAAGACGUCUCGCCGUGACCUCGUCGAAGCCCUGGUUUCCCCUGGUCCAUCUUCCCCUCCACCCAUCAACUCGCCUACCGACUCUCCCUUCAACCGUAUCUCCCCUCAUGGUCACCCCCAGAGCCCGGGUUCACCUAACUUACCCGCUACCGCAACCAUCCGACGCAUACCCGCCUCCAGACUAUCCUUUUUUCCGCCCUCUCAAUCAUCCGCGCUCAACCGUUCCAAGACGCUCCCACGCAAAUUCUCGACGCCUCCGCUCAGCGCGUCCGCCCCCGUCAUCCCCGCCGGACGGCGCUCACCCACGCGUUCGACAAAGGCAUCGGCGCUGACAUCCAUCUUCAACGCUCUGCCGAUCAACGUGCCCCGCAUUUCACUCGAUUCGACGCGUAGCAACACGUCCGCGAGCGAUGACCAGGAGCACGAGAUGGCAGACGUCAGUUGGUCCGUGCCCAAGACCGCAUCACCAUUUGAUGCGUUCCCUUCCUUCGAGUCGCCGCGGCGCACCGGAUAUACCCCUGCUUCGAAGCCAGCUCGCACAACUCAUAUGCGCCAGGCGUCGAAGGGAGGACUGAUCGAACUGGACCAGGAUCCGACGCCAGGCCGCGGUCCGGCACCUGUGCGCACGGCGCAGAUGGAACCUUCUCCGGCGAUGACCCUUCCGCUGGGCUCUCGCACAGAUAUGGCGGACACGAAGGUCGCGUCUCGUCGACGGAUACCGGAAUCGUUCCGCACGCGGCCUCCGGACUCCGGGAUCUCCUGACAUCUUUUGUUCGUCACGACGGUCGUGCUACAAGGAUGCGGCGUAGUGCCGGGGGAUCGUCGGGGGUAUCAGGUCUGCAUAAACGUGUUCAGUCGAACCUCCACUCGAGUCACUGGGGAUACCCUCGCUUGGUCCGGUCUUGUCCAGAUGCACACGCCGCCUCCCGCUGGCCUCAUCCACCGUGAAUACCCUCUCAAA